CCCUGCCUGCCCGCGCGGCUUCUCGGCGGCCCCCGGCUCCCAGACAUGACCGCCAUCAUCAAAGAGAUCGUCAGCAGGAACAAAAGGCGAUACCAGGAGGAUGGCUUCGACUUGGACCUGACCUAUAUUUAUCCAAACAUAAUUGCUAUGGGUUUUCCUGCAGAGAGGCUUGAAGGAGUGUACCGUAACAACAUUGAUGAUGUAGUAAGGUUUUUGGAUUCAAAACAUAAAAACCAUUACAAGAUAUACAAUCUAUGUGCAGAAAGACAUUAUGACACCGCCAAAUUUAAUUGCAGAGUUGCACAGUACCCUUUUGAAGACCAUAACCCACCACAGUUAGAGCUUAUCAAACCUUUUUGUGAAGAUCUUGACCAAUGGCUAAGUGAAGAUGACAAUCAUGUUGCAGCAAUCCACUGUAAAGCUGGAAAGGGACGAACUGGUGUAAUGAUUUGUGCAUAUUUGUUACAUCGAGGCAAGUUUUUAAAGGCACAAGAAGCCCUAGACUUCUAUGGAGAAGUAAGGACCAGAGACAAGAAGGGAGUAACUAUUCCCAGUCAGAGACGCUAUGUGUAUUACUAUAGCUACUUGUUAAAGAAUCACCUGGAUUACAGACCAGUGGCACUGCUGUUUCACAAGAUGAUGUUUGAAACAAUUCCAAUGUUCAGUGGCGGAACUUGCAAUCCUCAGUUUGUGGUGUACCAGCUAAAAGUAAAGAUAUUCACCUCCCCUUCAGGACCCUCAAGACGUGAAGACAAAUAUAUGUACUUUGAAUUCCCUCAACCAUUGCCGGUGUGUGGUGAUAUCAAGGUGGAGUUCUUCCACAAACAGAACAAGAUGUUGAAAAAGGACAAAAUGUUUCACUUCUGGGUAAAUACAUUCUUCAUAGGACUGGAUGAAAAUUUGGACAAAGUAGAAAAUGGAAGUCUAGUUGGAGAUCAGGAACUUGAUGGUAUUUUCAGUACAGAGCGCUCAGAUAAUGAUAAGGAAUAUCUAAUCCUUACAUUAACAAAAAAUGAUCUAGACAAGGCAAAUAAAGACAAAGCCAACAGAUAUUUCUCUCCAAAUUUCAAGGUGAAGCUAUUUUUCACAAAAACAGUAGAAGAGCCAUCAAAUCCAGAGGCUAGCAGUUCAACUUCAGUAACACCGGACGUUAGUGACAAUGAACCUGAUCAUUAUAGAUAUUCUGACACCACUGACUCUGAUCCAGAGAAUGAACCUUUUGAUGAAGAUCAACAUACACAGAUUACAAAAGUCUGAAUAUUUUUUUUAUCUGGGAAAAAAUACCACAGAGACAAACUUGAAUAAACUGAAAAGGACCUUUUUGAAUGGCAAUAGGACAUUGUGUCAGAUUACCAGUUAUAGGAACAAUUCUUUCCUGACCAAUCUUGUUUUGACCUAUAAAUCUACAGGGUUUGACACUUGUCCAAUUGAAAAGGUUACGUAGCUAUGUUAUGUAUAUACCUUUUUGUGUCAAAGACAUUAAAAUUUCAAUUAGGAAAUAUAAAGAUGGCACUUUCCCAUUUUAUUCGUUUUAUAAAGGUGGAGACAGAUCUGAUGUGUAUACGUAGGAAUUCUUCCUUUUGUGUUCUGUCACCAAACAAAGUUGCGAAAAAGCGCUUUUAUUACACAGGUUCACAUCCUACCCCUUUCUUUGCACUUACGUGGCAACAGAUAAGUCUGCAGUUGGCUAAGAGAAGUUUCUAAAAGGUUUUACUACGUUCUAAUGCAUGUAUUUUUGGAUAGGGGAAUGGAAAUGCUCAGAAAGGAAUAUAUUAUGCUGGACUCUGGACACUGUACCAUAUCCAGCUACUUACAUGCACCUUUCUUUAGCAUGCUACAGUAAUUCAUCCUGGACAAUUGAGGAGUCGGCU